AAAUCUCUUGGACAAUGGGAAAAUACAAACGUUAGUGGUCAAAAGUUGUUCAAUAUUGAAAAAACAAAAAAGAAACCUCAUGAUAAACAUAUUCUUCAAACUUUUCAAGAUGGUGACACCAGUAAGUGGGAUUGCACAACACUAUUUGCAGCAAUAUUGUUUUCCAACUCAAUAGGAACAAAAGUUAACACAAAAGUUAGUUCUGCAGUUGAUGCACUUCGUAUUGUUAGAAACAAGUUUAUUCAUAAUAAUUUUGGAAGAGUAUCUGAUACCAAAUUUAACAAAAUGGUUUGUGAUAUUGAAAAUUCGUUUCAUGAUCUAGGAUUUUCAUUCAAUGAAAUUAAUGAAAUUAAAUGUCAACGAAACAGAUUUGAUUCUUUUCAAGUACUUCCUUGCAAACCAAAUCACGAUGUUGUUAGACGUACAAAAUUACUUAAAAAAAUCACAGCAGAUCUGAAUAACUUGCGAAGUACUAACAAUAAUGAACUAACAUAUUACUAUAUUUCUGGAAAUCCUGGCAGUGGUAAAUCUCAAUUAGCUAGACAAAUUUGCGACGAAAUGUUUAACUCUGUUGACUGGGAAAAUAAAACUACAUUUGUUAUGACACUCGAAGGAAAAGACGCUGACUCUCUCUUAAAAACUUAUAAUGAACUUUGUCAACGUUUGAACAUCAAUGAACAUUUUAUUGAAAAUAUUUUAAAAAAGAUAGAAAGCAGCGAAGACAGAAUCAAACAAUUUCAUUUCCUGCUGACACAAAAACUGAAAUCUUGGAAAAUAUGGUGGAUUGUUGUAGAUAACGUGGUUAAACUUGAUAAAAUUUAUCCAUUAUUACCUCAAGUUGGUGAUCAUAAUUGGAAAAAUGGACAAAUUGUAGUAACUGUUCAAAAUACAGACGCUAUACCACCAGAUGGGAAUCUAAACAAACACAUUUCAAUUAGUCAUGGUAUGAAUGAUAAAGAAUGUCGUCAACUUCUAUCUGUCUAUACCGAUAUUCAUAAUCAUGAUGAAGAGUUUUUAAAGAAUUUGUCAGAAAAAUUAGAUCGUCAACCAUUGGUCCUGGCAAUUGCUGCUUACUACGUAGGUAGUGUAAAAAGUGCAAAUCUUGAAUUCACGUGGGAGCAAUAUUUCGAUAAGUUGAAUGAAGGAGAGCGACAGAGCAUGGAUGCCACAUUUCAAAAGGUCAAUACAGCAUAUUCUGGAGGUAAAUCAACUUUAUUGAAAACUGUUGAGUUGGCAUACUUUGUAAAUGUAUUAAAAAAAUUUUACAAAUAUAAACAGGCCAUCAAUGUACUUAAGGAAAUAAUAUUAAUUCAAACUAGAGCGUUAGGCGUCAAUCAUGUGGACGUUUCAUAUUCGUACAACAAGCUGGGUGGUUUGCUUCGGGAGAUUGGAGAUUACAAAAAAGCAAAAGAUUUUCUUGAGCGAGCGAUGAAAAUUCAAACAAAAGCAAUUGGACCUGACCAUGUUAAUGUUGCAUCAACGUACAAUAAUCUGGGUAUGGUUUACCUGAAUAUGGGAGAGUACAAAAAUGCAAAAGAUUAUUACAAACAAGCGAUAGAAAUUCAAACUAAAGCAUUUGGACCUGACCAUGUUAAUGUUGCGACAAUAUACAACAAUCUUGGUUUGUCUUACAAAUAUAUGGGAGAGUACGAAAAAGCAAAAAAUUUGUAUGAACGAGCGAUGGAAAUUGAAACAAAAGCAUUAGGACCUGACCACGCCCAUAUUGCGACAACAUACAACAAUCUAGGUUCUGUUUACAGUCAUAUGGGAAAGUACAAAAAAGCUAAAGAUUGUUUUGAACGAGGGAUGGAAAUUGAAACGAAAGCAUUAGGACCUGACCACGCUGAUAUUGCGACAACAUACAACAAUCUAGGUUCUGUUUACAAGGAUAUAGGAGAGUACGAAAAAGCAAACGAUUUUCUUCAACGAGCAAUGGAAAUUCAAACGAGAGCAUUUGGACCUGACCACGUUAAUAUUGCGGCAACAUACAACAAUCUAGGUUCUGUUUACAGGGAAAUUGGAGAGUACAAAAAACAAAAGAUUCUCAUUAACGAGCGAUGGAAAUUGAAGCAUAAGCAUUUGGACCUGACCAUGUAA